UAUCUAUCCAAAGCUACAAUACCUACACUGACAGAUAAUUAUUCUUCCGGCCACCGGUGCCGGAGGCCGCCGCCGCCCCCAUUGUUGACCAAGCAAACAAACACUACCUAUAACAUGCGCUGCUUUGCUUCCUUCAUUGACGCAAUACCCAAUGGCUUCACACAAUUCUCUGCUCCCAUGGCUUCUCUUCGCUCUUCACCUUUUCCCGUUAUCCUUGUCGGCGCAGAGAUCAACCUACAUUGUCCACAUGGACACGUCAUCCAAGCCCACCGCUUUUGCCAGCCACCACCACUGGUACUCCGCCGCCGUGAAUUCUUUAGACGGCGGCCGCCAUUCCUCUCCGCCUAAGCUUGUCUACUCUUACGCCCAUGCUUUUCACGGCUUUAGCGCUGUGUUAUCGGAAUUGGAACUUGAAGCCCUGAAAAAGUCUCCGGGAUUUGUUUCGGCUUAUAAAGACCGGAGCUUUGAGCUCCAAACCACGUAUACUCCUACCUUUCUGAAGCUUAAUUCGAAUACGGGGUUAUGGCCGGCGUCUAAGUUCGGAGAGGAUGUGAUAAUAGGCGUGAUUGACUCCGGCGUUUGGCCGGAGUCUAGGAGCUUUGGAGACGACGGUAUGCCGGAGAUUCCGAAGAGGUGGAAGGGGGUUUGCAAGGAAGGAACAGAGUUCAAUUCUUCGUUGUGUAACAGAAAGCUGAUCGGCGCUAACUAUUUCAACGCCGGAGUUCUCGCCGCGAAUCCCGGGAUUAAUAUCUCCGUGAAUUCCGCGCGGGACACGGAUGGACACGGCACGCACACGGCGUCCACUGCCGCCGGGAACUACGUCGACGGCGUUUCCUACUUCGGCUACGCGCCGGGGACGGCGAAAGGAGUGGCGCCGCGCGCGCGUGUGGCGGUGUACAAGGUGAAUUGGGAUGAAGGAAGCUUCACCUCCGACCUCAUCGCCGGCAUGGACCAGGCAAUCGCCGACGGCGUAGAUGUAAUUUCAAUUUCCCUAGGCAUCCGUUUUGUUCCCCUGUACGAAGAUCCCAUCGCAAUUGCGGCUUUUGGGGCUAUGAAGAAGGGCAUUCUCGUCACCGGCUCCGCCGGUAACCGCGGUCCCAGUCUCGGAACCCUAAACAACGGUGCUGCUUGGAUCUUGACGGUGGCUUCCGGUUUGACAGACCGGUGGUUCGCCGGAACAUUGACAUUGGGAAACGGAUUAAAAAUCAGGGGUUGGAGCUUGUUCCCGGGGAGAGCACUAGUGAGGGACGUAAAUUUGCUUUACAAUAAAACAAUUUCCGCUUGCAAUUCAUCGGAAUUGGUAUCCAAACUCCCUGACCCGGGAUCCACUAUCCUUAUUUGCGAGAAGCCGGAGAUAGACGAGCCUACGUUUACCUUCUCCCAAAUCCAAGCCGUCGCCAGUGCCAGAAUCCGAGCUACUAUCUUCAUCAACGACGAUCCCGGGAUUUUCCGGUCGACUACAUUUCCCAACCCCGGAGUCUUCAUUAGCCCCGAAGAAGGGGAACAAGUGAUUACAUACGCCCAAACUGAUAAUGAUCCGCGAGCUACUAUUACUUUCCAGGAAACAAUUUUCGGGAACAAGCCGGCGCCGACGGUGGCCGCCUCCUCUUCCAGAGGCCCAUCUCCGAGCUACCUGGGAAUUUCGAAGCCGGAUAUCAUGGCGCCGGGAGUGUUGAUCUUAGCCGCCUAUCCACCCAAUAGCUUUGCGGUAAACAUUGGAAUCAACAUUCAACUAGGCACCGAUUAUUUUCUUGAAUCAGGGACGUCCAUGGCUUGUCCACAUGCGGCCGGGAUCGCGGCCAUGCUGAAAGGGGCACAUCCAAAUUGGAGCCCUUCCGCCAUCAGGUCCGCCAUGAUGACCACCGCGAUCACAGUAGACAACACCGGAAACCCAAUCAAAGACUCCGACGACAACGCCGUCGCCACGCAGCUGGACAUGGGUGCUGGUCUGGUUGAUCCCAACGCCGCACUCGAUCCCGGCCUAGUUUACGACGCUACCCCGCAAGACUACGUGAAUCUCCUCUGCUCUAUGGAUUUCACAGAAGCUCAAUUCCAAACCAUUGCGAGAUCAUCAGCCACAACCAACUGCUCCAAUCCUAACCCAGAUCUAAAUUAUCCAUCUUUCAUUGCUCUAUACCCUCUUGGAGGAGAUAACGGUGUUUAUGACUGGAUGGUGCAGACAUUCGAGAGAACUCUCACAAAUGUUGGCCCCGGUGCGGCUACAUACAAGGCAAAGGUGGAAGUUCCCAAGAACUCGACAAUCUCAGUGUCUCCUACAACAUUGGUGUUUACGGAAAAGAUGGAGAAACAGAGCUACAGUCUGAGGAUACGGUACAGAGGCGAUGAUAAUCAGAGCAAGAAUGUUGGUUCGAUUACAUGGGUAGAAGUGAAUGGGAAUCACAAGGUUAGGAGUCCAAUUGUUGUGUCAAAUACAGUAGAGGUCUGGGAAUGAAUGAAGAUAAGCAAGAUCAUUGUGCUUAUGUUGUCCUGUACUGAGGUGUUAACUGUUAAAUGUUCCGAAUAAACAAAAUGAAAGGAACACAAGAAGGAGCACAUAUAUACUUUAUGCUAAGUGUUCUUUUUCA